UUAGAAAAGAAUUCUAAACAGAAAUGAAACCUCAUUCUGCAUUAAUAUGUGAUAUAUGUGGUGAAGAUUUCUCAAUAAAAUCCUUAUUGUAUAGACAUUUAGCUAAUCAUACAGCAGCUGAUGAAUCUCAAAUAAAAAGGUAUGAAGAGAUAUCACCAAAUUUCCUAUGCAAAAUUUGCUUGAAGGAAUUUAACACUUCAUUACGUUUAAGAAUUCAUGAAAAAAUACAUACCAAUGAUACUUAUAUAAAUUCAAUUACUACAAAUAAUUCUAUAACAUAUCCAGAACCCAAGGCCAGAUCAAACAUUAUCAAAAAUAUAAUUAAAUCACCAAUAUCAACCUUAUCUAACAACAAGUAUACUUGCCAAGUCUGUGGAAAAUUUUUUAAAAAUAAAAUUUAUCUCAAAAAACAUUUGGAAUCACAUAUUGAUAAAAGCAGUUUUGUAUGCUUAUUAUGCAAUAAGGAAUUAUCAUCAGAAUGGGAUCUGCAGAAACAUGAAGUAAUUCAUUCACGAACCAAAAAUAACAAAUGUGAUUAUUGCGAAAAAGUGUUUUCGAUUGAUAAGCACCUUAUCAGGCAUCAAAAUACCUUUCACAAGAUAAUUAUUGCUAAUUCAAUUCCUCAUUCUAAUGAUAAACUUUCAGAUGUUACAAUGUUUUGUGAUGAAAUUACUAAAAUAAUCAAAAGCCCAAAAAAGAGAAGUACACAAAUGAAAUCAUCCACAGAAAUUAAUGAAACUUAUACAAACAACAUUCAAGAAUCAUUAGUUAAUAAUAAUAAUAGUACUGACCUAAAAACUAACAUAAAUUAUGAUCAGCAAUCUCAAUAUGAUUCAUAUCCUAACAAUAUAACAAAUGAACAAAAAAUGAACUCAGAGGGUGAAAUAUUACAAAAUGACUCUUUUAAACCAAAUUCUUACUGCUCCACAUGUGAAACAGAUUUAAAUGCUGUUACCAAAAAAUUGCAUGACCGCUUUCAUCGUACUAUACCUGAAACUUCACAAUUUUUCAAAAGACAUAAAAUAUCUCUUUUAAACCUUCCACAACCAAAAUCAGCAACUAUGACGGAUUCCUCACAUUUACAUCCUAAACUUCAACUCAAACACCUGUUCUCUGGUCAUAGUCAUGACAUGGGCAGUAGCAACAAGUAUUACAAAAAGGCUCUCAUAUCAGCCAAAAUAACAUCAAAUAGGCGUGAUGAAAUGUCCAGGUUAGCAAACCUAUCUGCCAUAGAACCAGAUCUCCUCAACUCCAUUUUUGACUCCUCAUUCAUAACAAAGGAAGGUAUACGACCUCAAGGCCAAGACCUUACAUGCCUUUACUGCUCUGCUGGAUUUGCCGACCCUGAUACUCUUAAACGUCACUACUUUAGUCAUAUGGCCUCACCCAUGUUUCAAUGUGAUAGUUGUGGUGAGACAUUUCCUGAUAAACUUCGCCUGCAAGAUCACAUAGUUCAGCACCAACUCGAUACUAUGUUUACAUGCAAUGUUUGUGCUAAAACCCUGCCUGAUGCAGAAACUCUCAGAGUUCAUGAACUUGCACAGCAGCAUGGACCUACUUUGCCUCCUCCCCAUCUUGGUAAUUCCUGCACCACCAACCUUUCACAUUUUAUAUUACCCCAAUUAGAAUCCAUGCCUACCACUGAAUUUAAUUUGCCUGCUUUACCAAACAACACCACGGUGCCCAGUUUUAAUAUGAAAAUACCUGGAGGACCUGUACAAAAUUCCUAUUACACCCUUUGUCCAGUGUGUGGUAAACAUUUUGAUCGUGAAGAGAAACGACAAGUCCAUUAUCAACUGUACCAUGCCAAAAGAGCUCCAUAUUUUUGUGCCUUUUGCCCCACUAAUGCAUCUUUUGAUCAGAAGAUUUUGUUGCUUAAACAUCUCAAAAGGUACCACAAAGACGUGUACAAAGUAGCCAAGCACCGUUGCUCUAAUUGUCGUUCCACCUUUCCAAAUGCCCAACUUUUGCGAGAACAUGAAGCCCUCCACGAGGAAGUCCGAAAAUUUGCUUGCCAAAUCUGUGGUUCACUGUUCCGGCAAAUUUGCAAUGUCAACAAUCAUGUGCGCAAAUGCCAUGCUGAUGUGCGAGGAGUAGAGUAUACCCUUCAACGCAAUGAAACGGCACAGAACGAGAGCCUAUUGUUUGCCUCUGAAGUAGAGUACUUAGCCUCCGGCCUCAACGCUUACCCUCUUGAGCUAAAUUAUAAUAACCAGGCUCGGGCUAAUCGCGACUUUUUCCUUCUUUCAGAUGACGAUCUUCAAGAAAACAAAGAUUCAAAGGACUGUGUCAAAAAGGAGAAUUAUUUUGUUAAUAGUCAAGAAAAGGAUGAUAUACCAUAUCAGAGUCCCCGAAAUUUUAGCAGAGAUGAACAUGAUGAAGAGAUGGAAUCUAUCACGUUUCAAUGUACUACUUGUGGACUUUUUUUUCAAAAUGCAUCAGCGCUGCAAAAUCACAUGGUGGCUGUUGAUACAUCUUGUGCCUCCGAAGAUACCUACGAAUGCCCCCAAUGCUUUUUUCUCACCAAAGACAUACCUAUCUUCAAUGCACACUUUCACACUGAUUUUCAUUAUAACCGUCAACACAAUUUGUUACUCUACGAUACUUAUAAACAGCUUUUUCCGGUUUCUCAUCUUACUAUUCUUCAUGGAAAUAAAGAAACCUACAAUGAUUCCAAGUCACUUACUGGCCUGUUACGGUUCAGAACAGAAAAAAGCUUUGCAGCAACUAUCAACAGUCAUAACAAUAAUCUCUUGCAGUGUGAAAUUUGCGAUAAUUCAUUCUCUAACAAAUCCAACUAUGGGCGUCAUAUAAUAGUGCACAACACUGUCAAACCCUACCAAUGCUAUCUAUGUGGCCAAGCCUUUGUGGUCAUAGAAAAUUUAAGAAAACAUUACCUGCUUCAUUUCGCCAUGCUUAAAGCACUUGCAGUCUCUUUGUCAUCAUCUCCAAACUCUCCCGAAUAUCAUUGUUUGCGAUGUGACACCCUUAUUAAAGGUAAGCCUAAGUUUCAAGCUCACAUUUGUGCUGAAAGCAAAUUGGAUACCAAAGAGUCGACUAACGAGACUUUCAAUGAAAAUCAAGAGGAUGAUACUUAUAAAAUCGUUUCCCCAAUUAGGGACGUCAAGUCUGAGGAUGAAAAUUUUAAAUGCCUCGACUGCAAACAUUGUUUUAUGAACAAAGAUCUCUUCUUAGGCCACGUUUGUUUGGGCCAAUCGGAAAAGGUGCCCCAGCUUCCCAUGUUAUGUGAUUAUGGUAUCGAAGCUGCGCGAUCUCAGAUACUCAGCAAUUACAUGCCUAUUGCCAAUAAUGUCCAUUCCAACAACCAUCAAUCUCAACCGGAUUACGCCCAUCUAGAACCCCAAGAUCCAGACUCUAAUGCACUAGAUAUCUUAGGAGCAUUUGAAGAGCAAACUAAUAUUACAACCUCCUCUUUUAAUCCUUCACCAUACAUUCAAGCCGCUUUGGAAAUACCCGAUCAACUCAAAUUUAGUUCAUACCUCGACCCUUUCACUCGUCCUAUCAGUUCCGAGAAUCCAUGGGAAGAAUAUUGGCCAAAGUAUCAAACCGUAUAUGAGGGUAAAUGCAAUUUAAGCAUUUGUCUUGCUGAGAUGACUUUUUAUCGGUCCGUUAUGUUCAACAUUCAUAGCAUUGUUCAACCUAUGAUACCCGUUAUCCAUCUGCGGAGUUGUGAGGUGAAUCGGGUAUUUUGUUGUGAGGCCUGCAAUCGAAGUUUUAGGGAGCGAAAAAUACUUGAAGAACAUAUCAUAGCCUUACAUUUUAAAAAUUUGCCAUCUCACUAUUUCCUUUGUCACCUGUGCGGUAAGUUUUCCCGUGCUGGACGCUCCUUUAAAGUUCAUCUUGAAAGGCAUUUCUCUGAAAACAAAUUUCUCUGCGACCAAUGUGCUAUGGCAUUCCCCUCUAAAAGCCAACUGAAAUCUCAUUAUCAAUCCCACACUACUCUAGGCCUCAUCGCCUCUCAAACAUCUAACACCUUAAUUAAACCUCUUCUCACAUCUUCCUCAUUUAAGUGCAAUGUGUGCUCCAAGGAAUUUAAUAACCGUAAUGAACUCAAUUACCACACCUACAAUCAUACCGGUUUGAAACCGUAUGUUUGCAAUGUUUGCUCUAAAUCUUACAUCAAACGCACCAAGCUGCUGGAGCAUGUCAAAACACAUACAGGGGAAAGGCCCUUCAAAUGCUUCUCAUGUGCUGAAGCAUUUCCCCACCGAAAAUUUUUACAAGAGCAUGUAGCCAUGGUUCAUGGUAACCAAAGUUAUAAGUGCAAACAGUGCGACAAAACCUACUCAUACGAGCCUCAUCUCAUCCGGCAUCAGAAGAUGCACAGUGGUCAUAAUCCUUAUACCUGUCACAUAUGCGACAAAGAUUUUUACAGGAAAGAGAAGUUACAGAGACAUUUGUUUGUCCACGAUUCCAACACACUCUACAAAUGUGACGUUUGUCACAAGGGUUACUCCACUAGGGAGGUUCUGGAAAAACAUAUAUGUGUUCGUGAAAAAGGUUGUGAAAACAUAGUUUUCAAAUGUCCCUUAUGUCCACGAAAAUUCACCUUUAAGAAAAAUCUUGAACUUCAUAUAGCUCAUCAUCAGCCCAACGAAGUUCGAAACGAUCGAAAAAAGGUUCCUAAACAAUAUUAUUGUAAUCUCUGUCCUAAGGCAUUUGUACACCUUAAAAAGCUAAAUCGACACCUCAUAUUUCAUCAAAAAUAUCCUAACUUUGAAGGUGGAAUUCCUAUAAUAGUCGAGGAGAAGAAGUUCAAAUGCCACCUCUGCCCGAAAACGUUUAUCAAAAACUUUUACCUGAAAAAACAUCUGGAAAAUCAUUUCAAGUAUUCAUCCGGCUCUGGCCGAAGAACAAAGGCCAUAUCUAACACCAAUUUGUUGACAACAGGAAGUGGCGCCUCAUCCUCGACGCAAUCUCCUAGUGGAUACUCGUUUAAUUACAACUUACAACAAGCAGCCCAUUCCCAUCUCAAUAACGCUUACACAUCUAACUUCACCGCCAAUGACCUGAUGAUAGUGGAUGACUUUAACAAACGUCACCAUUGGAGUCCGGCCCAUCUCAAUGGAUUGAACCAGCAGUCGGUAGGUUCAUCCCUCGACUUUCACUUCAAUUCCUCCGGUCUUUACUUUGACAAUUCUAACCAACAUCAUCUUAGCUCAGCAGAUAACGGAGACCUAAAUGGUCUGGUGCAAUCACUCCAUCACCACGAUUUUACAACGGUGGAUCCUCAUCGGGUCAAUUCCUUUCUGAACGAUGUUGUUUCUAAUAAUUCCUUAGAUGCAGCUUCUAAGACCUUGCUCUCUUCCUCCCCCUCAUCUCUACUCGCGAAUUCCUCUGCCCUCCCCAUAUUCAGUUCAUCUACAUCUACGGACGAUACUACCGCACUGCAAAAUAUGAACAUUCUCAAUUCUCUCGAUCAAAACUCUCUUUACACAUUUAUGAGGAUACAGGAAGACGGCAGUCUGGCGGCGGCCACAGGCACUUGCUUAGAGGACAACCAAGCGCUCUUUAAAGUCAUCGAGCAAUUGCAACAACAGGAAGAUGGAAAUGACGCUCCGAGUCUCAUAAUUAUACAGACCGAUAAUUGAUAAAGAUUAUAUCGCUAAUUUUUUCUUAAACUGAUAAGAUUUAUAAACAGAUGUAUAUAUAUUAUAUUUAAAGCGUACAUUCAUUUUAUUGCGUACAUUCAUUUUAUUGUGUGUUGUAGAUUGUUAAUUAUUCGGCAUUAUAAUGUUUACGCGAUCGUUAUUUUAAUUUCGAAUAUCAUUGAUAAA